CGCUGUAUUUACUCAGUUUAAAAUCUCGCUAUGGCCGACUGUGUACGCUUUACAGUUUAUAUGCAGUUUGUAUGGUAGGAGGUUUUUGCGCUUUAAUAGCUUUCCCGAUGUAGGGUAGAUGUGACGACAUAUCGCUAUAGCGUCCGCCAACUCAGUCACCAAUAGAUCGGCUCAGCGUACCGGAUCCCAUGUAGUAAUGUCUGUCCGGGGUAGCACCUCGCGUCGGAACAGGGAGUACCAUACACUUAGGGCCGAACUAUUGAGGGCCAAUUCCUUGUUUGUGGAUCCUGAGUUCCCGCCUAAUAAUACUUCCCUGACGUUUAAUGGUCAGACGCCACCAGGCUUCGCCAAAGUUGUGUGGAAACGACCAACGGACAUUGUUAAACAUCCAAAACUAUUUGUAAGAGGAGUGAGCAGAUUCGACCUUGACCAAGGAGCUUUGGGAAACUGCUGGUUUAUCGCCGGUGCGGCUGUAGUAGCAACCCACGGUAAACUUAUAGAACGAGUCGUCCCUAACGAUCAGGACUUCGAAGUCGAUUAUGCAGGUAUUUUCCACUUCAACUUUUGGUGGUACGGUAAGUGGACGGAGGUGGUCAUUGAUGAUUACCUGCCCACGGAUGGUUUCCGACUUAUAUAUGGCAGGAACAGGGAACAGCCGGACGAGUUCUGGCCAGCACUUCUCGAAAAGGCUUACGCCAAAAUACGUGGCUGCUACCAGGGAAUCGAUGGAGGGAAAUUGGACUAUGCCAUUGUCGACCUGACUGGAAGUAUAUCGGAGAGAAUAGAUAUGUCGAAUAAAUCAAAUGUACCCAGCAACCUGUACGACAUCAUGUGGAAAUGUUAUAAAAUGAAUUCCAUGCUAGGGGCGAGCAUUUCUUUGAAGUCCCCAAGCGGUUCCACAAGACGGGAAGUAGAACUACCAAAUGGACUGUUCAUGGGUCAUGCCUACAGUAUAACGGGGCUAGCUACAGUACCGUAUCGAGGGAUGUCCGUACAGCUGGUCAGACUGAGAAACCCAUGGGGACGUGACGAGUGGAAAGGCGACUGGUCAGACGGGUCUGACCAGAUGAGAAGCAUGUCACAGGAAGUCCGAAAACAGCUAAAUAUUGUUGUGAGGAACGACGGGGAAUUCUGGAUGUCCUACCACGAUCUGCUGCUAAACUUUGACGAAGUACAACUCUGUCACCUGCAACCGGAUGCUUUGACGUCGGAGAUAGUAAAUGAUGAGAAACAGGAGGCAUGGCAGGUCGUGGUGUACCAUGAUGCCUGGCUAAAAGGUGUUACUGCAGGGGGCUGUGGUAACAAACCGCAUCAGGAUCUUUACUGGAGGAAUCCCCAGUUCUUUAUCACACUGAAGGACGUAGACAACACGGACAGAAACAACAUGUGUACACUCAUCGUGUCCCUCAUAGAGAAGGAACAGGACAACAGAAACAAGGUGGCAAUGGCCUUCGACAUUUAUAGACUCAAGAAUCCACAGAGAAGACCGCUGGAUGGCGAUUCUUUGUCAAGAAAUGCUCUUCUUCUACAAAAAUCUUCCGGUACAUACGAAUUCUAUAGAGAGAAAACGAAACGGUUUGAACUUACACCUGGAACGUAUGUCGUCAUCCCUAGUACGUUUUACCCGAAUGUAGAGUCACAAUUCAUGCUACGAUUCUUCACAGAAAAACCUUUUGACAGUGGUGUUCUGGAUGAAGAGCCUGGGCCUGGACCAUCAUCCACCGUCACAACACCGAUGGAAGAUCCUACUAAAGCUAUUUACAAAAGAUGCACCAAAGAAGAUGGAAAGAUGUAUGCGAGAGAAUUAAAGCAUUUUUUAAGGGAACUGACUGUUCUUGAACACAAGGAACCGAUCAAGUUUAGCACUGAAACUUGUAGAAGCUUAGUGACUCUGAUGGAUAGAAAUCGUUCUGGGGCGCUGGACUAUGAUGAGGCGUUGAAGGCCUGGAAGGAGAUCCAGGGAUUCAGGGCUGUAUUCAAACAGUCCGACGUGGAUGAAUCCGGAAAUGUAAACACGUACGAACUUGGGAAAAUGUUUGCUAAGCUAGGUUUCCCUAUCAGUAGAAUGGUGCUGACUGGCAUAGUACGACGAUACGGUGGAAGGGAUAACUCUAUAUCUCUGCCCGACUUCAUCGUCAUCUUGUGUAAAUUAACAGUGAUGUAUAGUCUAUACCAAGACCAUUCAGGCGGAGCAGACACAGCUAAAAUCAGCAUGAAUGAGUUUUUGUAUUUCUCCAUGUUCUGUUGAUGGAAGAGACAGUACACACAGUGUGAGCCGUCACAUUACUGUCGUCACAACAGAAACACGCCAUGGAUGGGUAUGUGUGAGCACGCUACUGUGUUAACAUGACCAGAGGAAAGAAUAAUAGAAUAUUUCGUAAAAUUGUAACGUUCCGUUGCAAUUCCGAUUAUGUGUACGCUUGGAAAAAAUGCCCAAAUCAUCUUAUUUCCACUAGAUUUGUGGAAGAAAUAUGCUUUCUAAAAAAAAAGGCAUUACAACUCAAGUCUAUAAAAUUAUUUUGUUGACUUUUAAUAAUGUUUAAUAGAUUGUGUGAAUUUAAUGGGAUAAAGGAAAUGUUUAACUUUUUUUUGUAGAAUCAUUAAGUAAAUGUGAUAAUCAAUUUGGACGACAAUUUUGUAGUGUAUCGAAUAUUUUAGUCUUCUGUUUUAUAGCAGUAGUUCUCAGGUACUAAUUUACGCAAUAUUUGAUGCAAGUUUCAGUUGCUUUUUGAUGAAUUACACAUUUGAUUAUGCUCAUCAUUCAGAGAGAAAGCCCAUACUUUUACAAUUAAACUACCUUUGAAUACGUUCUCAACUAUUGACGUGAUAUAUGUGCUUUUGGCCAACGGUCAAGAGAAAACGCCUAUUAAACAAAGGCAAGAACACAAAGAAGAAAAAGUAUUGUAACUUAUCUGGCGAGUUUUAACACUGUUAAGAGUGUCUCUUUUAUUUGUUAUCUUUGAAGAUCUGUUUAUUUCUUGUCGAAACUGCAACCGUGUUGUCAUUUGUCAUAUCACCAUUAACCUUUUCACCCCUAUGCACAUUUCGCUGACUCAUUAUGGAUUGAUCUGGAUGAGUCUAUGAUGGUCUACAGUGUGAGACAGUUAACAUAUGGUACUGCAGUCACAUCUGAAAUCGGAUUAGGAAGCAUCCUAAAUCUAUAGUUGUUUGCAAAUAUCAAUUGAAAUAGUUACAAUGGUGUUGAGUACAUGCAGAGUUGUAACAGAUUUGUAAUCUUUUCUCGUUAUAAUAGUUAUGAUUUAUGGACAUAACUUAAUCAUAAAUUUAUGGAAGCAACAAUCAAUGAUUCGGUUUAUUUUAUUUCCAUGACAACGAAUGUAUGUCUCAAUUAUCAUGCUGUAAUUGAUCAUUAUAUACUGUUGCAUAAUGAAUACUGUAGCAUAUUUUAAUAUAUAUUGGUGGUCUUUACGUGUCCUUUUUUUCUGUUUAAUCCAUGAUUGUGAAUUUGUUCGGGCAGCUGUGGUAGCAUUUUGGAGGCAAGGGAUGAUGGGUGAUGUUAUGCGAGGAGAUUGCCGGGAAUGUUUAGUGCUACGCGGAUAAAAUGAUGAAAACCUCCUCUUUUGUUGCUUAUCUUAUCUGUAGUUAUUUUAUAACAAUUUAUAAUUUUGAAAUAAUUGUUUUCAAUAAAGACAUUUUAAAUUCA